CAGGAACUUGACAUAGAAGUUCUCUCCCUGAACCUCAGUGUUCACUCUGAUUGAAAGUUCAGUCUUCAUUCUUGGUACCUGAAGCUGUGGAACACAUCAGAAGCCCGAGAAGGACCUCAGUUUUUUUGUGAAAUUGACAUUAAAAUGGAUUCUACUUCUCAUGAGUUACCAAUGAGGACUCUGGAGCGUACUGCCUCUCAGCUUGGAUGCAGUUUGACUGAUGAAAAGCUUGCUUUGUACCUGGAUGAGCAUGACAACCUAAAGAAUUUUCAAGAAUGUUUCCAUAUUCCAAAAAUGAAGGAUCUACCUUUAAUUGAUCUGUCUUUAGUGAAUGAAGAUGAAAAUUCUAUCUACCUGCUGGGAAAUUCUCUUGGACUUCAACCAAGAAAUGUUAAAAAAUACCUGGAAGAAGAAUUGGAAAAGUGGGCCAAAAUGGGAGGCUAUGGUCAUGAAAUAGGAAAACGUCCUUGGAUUACAGGAGAUGAAUGCAUUGUGCACCAUAUGAUUAACAUUGUAGGAGCUCAUAAGGAUGAAAUAGGUCUAAUGAAUGGUCUGACAGUUAAUUUGCAUCUCCUACUGUUAUCGUUUUUUAAACCUACAUCAACACGAUUUAAAAUUCUUCUAGAAGCCAAAGCUUUUCCUUCUGACCAUUAUGCAAUUGAGUCACAGCUGCAGCUCCAUGGACUAAAUGUGGAGAAAAGUAUGCUGAUGAUAAAACCAAGAGAGGGAGAGGACACCUUGAGGAUGGAAGAUAUCCUUGAAGUAAUUGAGAAGGAAGGAGACUCUAUUGCUGUGAUCUUGUUCAGUGGAGUGCAGUUCUACACUGGGCAACUGUUUGACAUACCUGCAAUCACAAAAGCUGGACAAGCAAAGGGUUGCUUUGUUGGUUUCGAUCUGGCUCAUGCGGUUGGUAAUGUUGAGCUUCACUUACAUGACUGGGGAGUAGAUUUUGCCUGUUGGUGUUCCUACAAGUAUUUAAAUUCAGGAGCGGGAGCCCUUGCUGGUAUCUUCAUUCAUGAAAAGCAUGCAUAUACAAUGAAACCAGCGUUAGCAGGAUGGUUUGGCCACAAACUUGAGAGUAGAUUUAAUAUGGAUAACAAGCUAGAUUUAAUCCCAGGUGUCAAUGGAUAUCGGCUGUCAAAUCCACCUAUUUUGUUGGUUUGUGCCUUAGAAGCUAGUUUAGAGAUUUUUAGUCAAACAACGAUGAAAACAUUAAGGAGAAAAUCUAUUUUGCUUACUGGUUAUAUGGAGUACCUGAUCAAGCAUUACUACAGUAAAGAUAAAACAGCUUCAAAUAAGCCAUUUGUGAAAAUAAUGACUCCCUCACAUAUCGAGCAUCGAGGUUGCCAGCUAACACUCACUUUUUCCAUUCCAAUGAAAAGCGUUUUUCAAGAACUAGAAAAGAGAGGCGUGGUGUGUGAUAAGCGGGAACCAAGUGGCAUUCGAGUGGCUCCAGUUCCUCUCUACAAUUCUUUCCAUGAUGUUUACAGAUUUAUUAAAGCUCUUGCCUCUGCAAUUUCUGCAGCAAAACUCAAAUGAACAAAUCUAUUUUUAGUUCAACAAGCCUAAUUAUAUUAGUGUCUCUGUUGUCACUUUCUGCCUAUUUUUGAUUCCAAGAUUGUAGUCCUUCAGAGGUGAUGGUAUUAUAUAAAGCCAAUAAUCUGGAAAAGAAAAAAAAUGUGAUGGGAUUUUUUAAAAGUGCCCUUUAUUGUUCUUUUUUAGAGAGUUAAUAUGCUUGUUACUUUUAUUGAGCUGCAUAUAGGUCACCUAUUAUAAUUUCAUUUAAAAUAUAGGUUUGAAUUCUCUGUGAAUUAUUGCCAUUUCACAUUCUGUAAAAUAUUGUGAGUUAGUUUCAAAUACAAGUUGAGGGGUUGUUUCAGAUUGUUUUUUCAACCUCGACUUCAAUUCUGAUAACUAAAGAGCUUUUAUUUCAGAAGUAGUGUUUUAGUUACAGUUUCCCCAAGGGGUAAUGAUCAGUGUGUCUCUUGAUAGCACUGAUAUAUGCCCAAGCACUUUAGCAAUGACCCUCCUAGUUUUAAACUGAGGAAAAGGAAGUAUGUUUUCCACUAUGUGCCCUUAUCUCUGUAAUUUCUUUUCUUUCAUGGUUCAUAAUGUGGAAUUCUGCCUUUUAACUUGAUCAUCCCCUGACCUCAAUGUCCAGAAAAGACAUGAAAAUAAUUGCAAAUCAAUUUUUCCCUUUCAGUAUCUUUCCACUCUAUCCUGAAAAUGUGUUGGGUUGAGAAGGAAGAAGGGAAGGAAGGAUGGGGGUAAAGGGAAAUUGAGCCUGGAAUGUUUCAAGCAGAAAUUGUGGAGGUUGGGAAACAAACAUAUGCUUGCCCUGUGAUUGCCAAACAUUGUGAUCCAAAUACUUUAAUUUCUUCAUGGACUCUCUGGGUAAUUGCUCUCUGAUUCCUAUCUCCAAUGUAUAAUAUGAGAUGCCAUAUUUUUUAUGGAUGUUGAAGAAUACUUCAUCUCCAUGAACAGUAGCAAGAAGGCCAAAAGGAAGAGAACAAUGAUCUGGAAAUACAUCUGCAUAGCUCCUGUUUAAGUAAGCUUAACUAUACUGUUCUCUUGGCCCAGAUUGGAACCAAUCCUUAGGAGUAAUAAGUAAAGUGAACCAGGCACUGACCAGUUGCUUGACUACAAAAUAGCUCUUGCAAGCAUUCCCACUGAAACUUUAGGUUAAAUCUACAUCAGUGAGAUGAGAAGUCUUCAAAACAUGCAAGCAUGGUCUUAAAGGUAACACUUGCUAGGCUAUUGGUUAUCUCACACUACUUUAUAUGAUUCCUUACAUAGUUUAAGAUUACACAAUUUCAUUCCCCAUGGGACAAAAUUUCCCUUUUUAGUUUUAGUACUGAUUGUGUUUUUGUUUUUGUUUUUGUUUUGCUUGGUUUAGGGGAGUUUUUAGAGAUGGGGCUUGACAUAUUUUUUCAGAAAACUAUCAGGAUGGAAGUUCAUUUUCACUGAUACAGUGAACUAUUUCAUCUGGACCUUUAAAAUUACCCAUUAAGAAAUUGUUACUUAUUGAUAAUUACAGACAGAAUCCUAUUGGACAUGGAUGAUUAAGGGCCAAAAAUAGUUCCCCUUCUCAAAAGAACCCAAUGCAUAUGCUUUUUUUAUAUAUAUUUUUGCUGCUCAAAGCCCUUUUAUGGCACAUAGUUCUGGGUUUAUGACUGUGGGUGUUCAUGAAUGUAUUCUGAAACAAUUGUAGGUGUCAAAAAUCAGGUCACUUUCAAAUAAAUAAACAGGAUACCAACAUACUUCAGAACAUCAUUUCUCCAACACCAACUACAUUAUUAGAUGUUAGAACCACUGGGUUAGAACACCAUGUAAGCAGUUUGAUGAGUGUGUUCCCUGUGUAGAGUCCUUAGCUAUGUUUUGCUUUAUAGAUUUACUUCUAAUUAUGGCUUACCACCUUAUAAAUGUGUGUCAGUGGUCACCAGGUAACAAUUAAUAGGAAUGAGAUAUAAAGACCAAGCAUGAGUCCAUCAUCAUUGACAAAAAUAUAUCAAAGCACAUUUUUACUUGGAAGUUGAUAAAAGUAGUACUAUCUUCACAUGUGAAGGAAAAUUUAUAUUUUAUUAUGUAUACACAUACACAUACAUAAUUUCAAUUUGGAAAGAAAAACUGUUCAUUGUAUUUACUUAGGUCUGUAUUCUAAAAAAUAGUACUAGAAAGUGGUUUUCCUCUCAGAAGAGAUACUUCUAUGUAGCAAACAUCAGUCAACAUGAGAAUCAGAAAUAAGAAUGUGCCCAGUUCUAAACAAGAUCUAUUUGACAAUUCAUUGUGAGCAUGAAACUAAAUGUAUUUUUACAUGCCAACACAAUCUUUAAAAUAUAGUCAUUUUGGAAUAUUUUGUAAUCUAUGUUCUUUUUGUCUCUGUCUCUGUCUCUGUCUCUCAUACCCCUUCCCUCUUCCACAAGAACACAGGAAAUUAUGAUAUAGGUUCCACAUAUGUUAUCAUAUAAUAAAUAUCUCCAUGUUUAUUAUGUUCAGAAAGAAGACACAUAUUGCUUUCACUAGAGAAAAAGUCAUGGAGGAAAUAAAGAAUGGUAUGUUUCUAUCUGCCUUUA